AUGCCUCAGGAAAUCGGAGAUAUCAAGCAGUUCAUCGAGAUCUGCCGCCGGUCGGACGCCUCCUCCGCGCGGAUCAAGAAGAACAAGUCUCAGAUCAAGUUCAAGGUCCGCUGCCAGAGACACCUCUACACCUUGGUUCUCAAGGACUCCGACAAGGCCGAGAAGCUCAAGCAGAGCUUGCCUCCCACCCUCGUCAUCACUGACAUUCCCAAGAGAAACAAGAAGGUCCAGGCUUAA